AUGGAUCCUUACGAAGCCGAAGCGGGCAAAAUCCCGCCUACAGACCUCUACUAUGAUCUUCCCCUCUAUGGCCGCUAUAAUCCUAGUCCACAGGACUUCAAACCACUAGAAGAAUACUGCAACUCAAACACGCAAGAAGCACUGCAGUACUGGACAGAAGUGCUCGAAAAGUGCGACUCGACAUGCUAUGUGUAUCAGAAUCCGUUUGGGGGUCGAGACGUGUUUGCUCUCGGCAGCAUCAUCAUCAAGUCAUGCCACUUAGGGACAAGAGAUGCUGGAUCAGAGUCGUCUCGGGACUAUUCGACCGCAGACAAAAAUGAGGUGGCAGCAAUACAGCUGGUUCCCAACACUGUACCAGUACCCCGGAUUUUUUUCAGUGGAAAGCUCAAAGGAAAGGAUGCCAUUGUCCAGGAAAGGAUUCCCGGCGUCGCACUGAAUGUAGCAUGGCCAUAUCUCUCUCCUGCACAGAAAGAUUCAUUCAAAGAGCAAACGCAAAAGAUGAUGGCCGAGCUGAGCACCGUGCAACCUCCUUCAACAGUAUUGGAGCCAACUUAUAUCAUGCCCGACCCGAAUCCUAUAGUAAAUCGAGAUAUCUCAUCUUCCGAAAGCGCGAUCCUCUUCAGUGAUCGCUCAGAAAGAGGAUCAAGAAAGCUAAACUUCAUGCACAACGAUUUACAACCCUCGAAUAUCAUUGUUCGCAAUGAUCAAAUUGUGGGCAUCGUCGACUGGGAGCACGCUGGAUGGUUUCACUGGGACGAUGUGGGUGCCGUCCACUCUCGGUUUCGCACGCCAAGGAGAGAAGACUUUGCCGGUAUACAGCUUUCUGAAGAAGAACUGAACGACUUGGAAUAUUGGGGCGAUCUUUACGCCUUUGAACCUUCAGAUAGCAGCAUGUGCUUUAAGUAGCUUCCGGUAGAGAG